UGACUUUAAACCAACAACACACAAAUCAGCCCAUGGGUGGGUGACAGAAAAUUUCAACAUACAGACUGCAGAGGAAGGGCAGGCAGAACUCUUGGCUGGGACUUUCUUCUCUUCACACGCUUUGCCUUUAGCAGCCCACCUCUGCAUCCCUUAUUUCCCCUUUGCAACUGCCACCCCGUGCCCACUGAUGUCUGUGCUGACGGGGACAAGUACCAAUGUGUGAUGAUGAGCAGUGCUGUGCUGAGGCUCUGUGGGGAGGUGGGAAGGGCAGAGCACCGUGCUCAGGCUUUGCAGGCUGCACGUUGCAGGUCUGUGCUCCACUUGGAGCUUCCAGACAGCUGUUCAAGGAAAUUGCCAUCAGUGUCAGCCUCACCACCGCUAUUAGACAUCUCAGCCAUGUCCAGGCCCAGCUUGAACCCAUUUAACUUGUAAGGGAUAAUGAGAUAACAGCAUGACAUGUUGCAGCUGAAGGUUAUUUAAACACCCAUCUGGUACCUGUUAGGCAGCAUACAUCCUAUUGUUGUAUAGGAAAUAUAUGCCACCUCCCUCCCAUAUGGGAAGGAAAAGAUCUAUAGAUGUGUCUCAUGCUGCUCCUUCUUUACGCAUAAAUGAGGUCAUUCUCCUCCUCCUCUCUGCUGUUUCUGGCACAUUACUUUGCAUUUCACACGUUUAGGGAGACGUGCUGGUUAGUGGGGUGUUGUGGAAGGACACAAAAUCACAGCAAAGAAUUUACUAUAGACACCUUACUGUCUCCAUAGUCAGCAGAGGCUCCGCACCCCCAGAUACGAGGAGAAAGAGUGGACCAUAAGAUCUGAAGCCACUCAUCCUUUCCAAGGCACAGCUUGGCACUGCACUUUAUCCUGGAGAGAUUAAGAGCUGCCAUUCCAUUUCAGUACUCUCAGGACCACGUCCUGUCCCUUCAUCUGCUGAGAUCCACGAGGUGAGCAACCAUCAACCUCAUUUCUUUAUUCAAACUCUCCCUUGUUGAGAUAACAUUGUUCUCAGACUGAAAUUGCCUGUGAGGCUCUCGCCCUCUGCGGAGCCAGAGCUGUGAGCGCUGCGCUGUUUGCUGUCCUGAGAAAUUUUCAUAACACAAGCUCUGUGUGAGCAGAUGUGAGCGCCCCUCCUGAUUUUCUCAGGCAUCACUUCCAACUUCUGCAGAAGUUUCACUCUGUAAAUCCUGGAUGAAUUUCUUUGUCUGACACCCCAUCUAGUGUCCACCACGGACCAAUGCAGAGGACUGCGCGUCAAGGAAACACAGACUAGAAAACUCCCAUCGCUUCUUCAGCAGCUUGCUGGGGCUCUGGGGGCUCUGCGUACUCGCUCUGCAGGUGAUCCAUCUGCACCAGCACCCCAAAACAAGGAGCCCCGAGCAGGACCAGUGCCCAGCAUGGGACUUGGGCAGAGAGGACUCCAAACGUGGAGCCCUAUGGCUUCCCCAUGUGCUUGAUGCCCUUGGCUCUGAGUGCAAGGCAAUUCUUGUUUUAAAGGCAGGGAUCACAAAGCUGGUAGGACAAAACACUUGCUCUGAGAAUCUGGUCUGAAAAGGCACCUUUCUGGUGUGUCCCAACUGUGAGCUGCAGAGCUGCAGAAACCUUUGGGUGAUGUGGUACAGCUCAACCUGAAACGAGCACUGCUGUGUUCCUGGUGAAUGAAGCAGCAGCUCCAGGUGCCAUGAGGUUCCAUGCCCUCAGAGCUGGGAACGUUCUGCUUGAGCUCUCCCUAUUCAAUACCCCUCAUCCCCCAGCAGUACUCUGCUCUGACACUUUCAUUUCACAAGGAACAGUGUGAUAACUGUACACAUCCAUCACACAGAAAAAGUGGUUUCUAUUUGCACAAACAGCUUCAUGCUCCAGGAAGUUUUUUUGUUUUUUUUUUUUUUUGUUUUGUUUUUUGUUUUUUUUUUUUUUUCCUGCAGUUUCAGUUUUGCUUUCCUUUCUUUUCACAUCUCACCAUGAAGCUUCUCUAUGCUGGUGUGCUCUCCAUCCUUGUCCCCGCACUGACGCCCGCCAUGGAUCCGCUCAGUGCUUACAUCAUUGUGGGGGGUGCAGCCAUCGGCUGGCAGCUCUUCUCCCCUCACUCCUGGCUCAGGUGCAGUCUCCUGGAGUGCUGCAAUGCAAAGGAGACACUGAACUUCUCAGUUGUGAAGAUGGAUUUGGAGCGAAAAGUCUUUGGCCAGCAUCUGGCUGUCCAAAUAGUUCUGAGGGCUCUGAGUACAAAUCUUCACUCCAAGCAGCCCAAGAAGCCCCUGGUGAUGUCCUUCCAUGGCUGGACUGGCACAGGCAAAUCGUUUGUCAGCAGUAUCAUUGCAGAGAACCUCUACCGACUCAAUGCAUGGAGGAGGAGGUUUGUGCACCACUUCAGCACGGUGCUGCAUUUCUCACACGGUUCGCAUGUCCAUCUGUAUAAGGAGCAGCUGCAGAAUUGGAUUCGGGGCAAUGUCAGCGCCUGCCCAAGGUCCCUUUUUAUCUUCUCUGAGAUGGAUCAAAUGCCGCAUGGACUGAUAGACUCAAUCCUGCCGUUCCUCAGCUACCGCAAUGAGAUUGAUGGAGUUUAUUAUGGCAAGGCGAUCUUCAUCUUCCUGAACAAUGCAGGUGGAGAUAAGAUAACGGAGAUCGCUCUUGAUUACUGGAGAAGGUUGAAGAGGAGAGAAGACAUUCCUGCGGAGGAGCUGCAAGAUCUGCUCUCUGAGGACAUUUUCAGGAACCCAAACAGCGGUUUCUUUCAAAGCCAACUGAUCCAGAAGAACCUGAUUGACUAUUUCAUUCCUUUCCUCCCUCUUGAAUACAAACACGUGAAGCAGUGUGUCCGGGAGGAGCUGCGUGCUCAAGGGCAUCCUGAGGAGGAAGACCUCAUCACCGAGAUUGCCUCGGCGAUGGCAGACUACCCCAGCGAGGAAAGGCUCUACUCCAGCAAAGGCUGCAAGACUGUGGCCUCCAGAGUGGCUCUGAGCACCUAGGCACCACACAGCCAUACCUCGUGCUCCUGUUGCAAGACCAACCAGGCAGAAGGACUCGUAUCAAUACCCAUCUGUCUACAUCUCCUUCCUCGAUGGGGCUAGGAUUUAUCCUGUUCCAGAGGGGCCUUUUGUGAAGCCCUUUAAUAAAUCAUAAAAUAUCCCAAGUUGGAAAGGACCCAUAGGGAUCCCUGAGUCCUGGCUCCACACGGGGCCUCCCAGUAAAGCAGACCGUAUGGCUG